UCUACCUUCGGAAUGGAAGAUGGAGAAAGCAGGAGAAGGAGCAGACUUUCGUCUUAUGAGAGAGUGGCAGCCAUAAGCUUGGUGGUUCUAGCAGUGGCUUCUCCUCUCUAUAUAGACCACAGAGCAGAGAGUGAAUUAGAUGAUGAGCAAUCCAUAAACUUUGCGUUUUUGUUGCCCUUGCUGCUCUUUGUAUUGAUUUUAGCCACAGCUUUAUCGGCUUUUCUUGAUCGCAACUUCACCAGGUUUGAUCGCCACUGGAUUCAUAGAGUUGGUGGUUCUUCUGGAGGUAUUGUCUUAAUUCUUGUAGUCCUAUUUCUAGUGUUGAAGUGUAAAGCGUCUGUGUAACAAGAUACCAUGAACCAACUAUGUAGUUAGAUAUGCAGCAACGUCUUUGUGUCGUGUUUAUGAAAAAAUAUACGAAACCGCUUAAUAUUUGGCGAGUAA